AUGAUGCGUAGUCAUACUGGACAAACUUCACUUCAUGAAGAUAAUCGAUUGAAUAAAAGUCCAUUAUCAUCUUCAAUGAAUAUUAGUACUGUGAGUAAUAUCAAUGCAACCACUGCUACGCCUGCUCGUGCUCCUCAUCCUACUUCUGUUACUUCAGCUACUGCUACUACUAAUACUACUACUGCUACUAUUAGUAGUAGUAGUCUGAUUAAUGUCAAUACAACUGGCGUUGAAGUGAUUGGUGCAUUAAUUACUGCUUUAAUUGAAUAUUAUCUUAUAGAGACAAGUGAAGAAUUACAAGAUGAAGUAGAAGAAGCCGAAGCAGAAGGUGAUCAUCAUAUACUACUUAUGAGUAGUAGUAAUAAUAUGAAUAAUGCUAAUUUAACUGUGGAAAAAAUUACAUCACGUCUUCAAUCAAUUUGUCCUAGUUUAUUUGCUAAUGAAGAUGCUAUGUGUGCUAAAGCUAGUGAAUGUUUAAUUCAAGCAUCUAUUAUACGUACAAAUAUUUUAGCUUCAUUAAAACCUGAAAAUAAUCUCAUCAAUCCUAUUCAAUAUGAUAAUCAUCUCACGGAUACUACACAUAUUGAUCAAUUAAUUUCGGAAGCUAUUACAUUAUAUAGUCAAGCUGGUUCGAAUAUCAACUUGGAGAAUGCAGUUUAUCGUUUAGAAAAUUGUGGUGCAUGGCGUGGUGCAGUGAAAUUAUGUUUAUUGAUUGCACAAUCACGUGAUCCAUUGAAUAUUGCUGUGGAUUGUUUAAAACAUGGACGUCGACCAUCUAGUGAACCAAUGAAUGAUUAUGAUCAUCGAUUAAUGAGUCAUAAUCCUAAUCCUAAUAAUCGUAGUAAAUUGAAUCGAUAUUAUGCUAUGUCAGAAUUAACAGCUACAGAAGGCAGAUACGAUGCAUAUCGUUGUAUGACUCUAUGCUUAGAUCAUUUACUUCAUGCAGCUCAAAUUAAAUCAGAUGCAACUUAUAUUAUUGAACCAUUGAACACGACUACUACUACUGCUACUAUGAAUAAUAAUAACAAUCACAGUAUGCUUAAUAAAACGAAUCAACAUAUUGAUCAAAUUCAUCAUAUCAGUGAAGAGUAUCAAUUCAAUAUUAAAGAAUUAUCUGAUUCAAUGUUCAUUUUAAAUGAUUUAAACGAUACAUCAUCAUCAUCAUCACCACAUUUGGCACGAUCAAUUUUACACAUUAUUUUAAUGGAUAUUAAUCAGUCGAAUGAUAUUUUAGCACAUUUUGAAGUUUUUAAUUGGUUAUUAUCCAAUGGUUUCACGGAUACAGUUAUGUUAUUGAAUUCAGCACAUUUUGAAGCAUAUCUACGGUCGAGACUACGUCAAACACCAGAUGAUCCUAAUCUACGUUGUCUUCUAUGGCGUCUAUUGGAACGUCGUGGUGCACGUUUAGAAGCAGCCCAAGUAUUGGAACAUUUAGCUGUAACACCAUGUCAUCAAUUGACUUUAGAGGAUAGAUUAGAUUUUGCUGCACGUGCUAUUGUUGCAGUGAAAGCUUUACCAGCUUCUCAACAAGAUUUAGAUUAUUUAAAAGAUCUUGAAGCUCGUUUAGAGUUGGCACAAUUACAACAAAUGUUAAUCAAUGAAUUGCGGCAGUUAAGAAAACAAUUAUUCAAUGCUCAACGGAAACAACAUCAAGGCAAACAAACAUCAUCAGUAUCAUCCUCACCGCCGCCGCCGAUGAUGAUGAUGAUAACACCACGUCCCAUUGGUGGUCAUCAUACUACUACUACUACUACUGAUGAUGAUGAUGAUGUUUUGAUUGAUGAAGCAUUAGGCCAAUUGACACAUGGACCAUUAUUAAGUGUCACAGAAAUGUUUUCUGAUUAUGCUAAUCGAUUUGGACUGCAUGAAUCAAAAUUAUGCUUGUUAUGGGCUAGUGGUUCACAGGAUUCUGCAUUGAUUAAAGCAAUUUGGCAUGAUCUUUUACGUAAACUACUUACAACUCAAUCAUUAUUACAUGUGACAACUACACAAAGUCCAUCAAAACGUUCACCGACAACAAUGUUUACUCCAUAUACUAUUGGUAAUCAUAAUCAUAAGUCAAGAGGUAACAUCAAUUCAACAACAACUCAUUCUCCAUCAUCCUCGCCUGCAUCAUCACCAACAUCGCCAUCAUCAUCUACGAUACAAUUGAUUGAGCUAAAAUUACACGAUUGUUUAUCACGUUUAAGUCAACGAUUUUUAAAUGAUUCAACAGCCACAAUCACAUUACAUUGUUCUAUUUAUUUCCCAUUAAUUGAUAUCAUCUCGACUUUAGAAUAUUAUGCUAUACAACAUUCAUUAAACGCUACAUGGGUACCAAAUAUUCUACGUGAUUCUCGUUUAACAUGUAUUGCCAGUAUAACAGAAGCAUACAAUGAAUUGAUUCAUUCAAAAGAUUCAUUAUGGUGUCGUGAUGAAGUACAAGAACGUUUGUUUAUUGCAUUGUUAACAAUUAUUGAAGAUUUUCUCACUUCCACCACCCAUGCGACUACUACUAAUAUAAUACACUUAUCUCUCCGUCAACGUAUGUUACAAGCUGAUUGUAUAUUAAAUCAAAUCACUGGUUUAUUAGUGGAUUUAAAUUCUGACAUUACUAUCCCCAGCAAUGAUAGACGGGAUAAUUCAAGCCAAUUAUCUAAGACAAAAUGGAUUGAAUCAUUGCGUAGUGUACAUGAUCGUUUACAACGUUUCAUAAGAUAA